CUGGACGCGAAGCUGGGGGGAGCUCCAGCUCGAUUCCGACAGCAAGCCCGACCCCUGCCAGCCUCUGAAGCCAACCGCCGCAGCACGACAACACAGCACAUCCCACCACAACCCGGCCGAGCACCUUUUCCGCACCCACGAAACCCAUCGCGACGCUAUUGUCCAAACGGCCGAGCAGAACCCAAUUCCAGAGCCUCUCGCGCCAGCAGCAAAUAUGGAUCACCGACCGCAAGCCUGGGGCCGUCCUAGAGACGACGUUUACGGUGCCUACGAUGCCUCACAUCUCCACACCGCCGGCGCAAAGCAGGCGACCCAGGCCCCCGUUGUCACGGGUACCUCGGUCAUCGGGCUGAAGUUUAAGGACGGUGUCGUUAUAGCAGCCGACAACCUGGCUUCCUACGGCUCGCUCGCCCGCUUCACCUCGACGCACCGCCUCCGCUCCUUCGCCAACUCGUCGGUCGUCGGCUUCGGCGGCGACGUUUCCGACAUGCAGUACCUGGACCGGCACCUGAUGGAGCUCGCCAUCGACGAGGCCUACGCCAACCCGCCCGACUCGUCCUUGCCCGAGGCCGCCGGCGAGGGCGACGACGAGGGCAGGACGACGGCCGCCGAGGAGCGCAAGAACGGCCUCAAUGCCGCCAACCUGCACAAGUACCUCUCCAAGCUCCUCUACGGCCGCCGCAACAAGUUCGACCCGCUCUGGAACCAGAUCCUGGUGGCCGGCCUCGACGCCGACGACGCCCCCUUCCUGGCCAGCGCCGACCUGCGCGGCACCGUCUUCAGCGCCCCGGCCCUGGCCAGCGGCUACGGCUCCAUGCUCGCCAUACCCAUCAUGCGCAAGGUGGCGGCCACCGAGGAGGAUGCCGCCUCCCUGGCGCGCGACGAGGCCGUCGCGGUCGUGCGCGAGUGCAUGAAGGUGCUCUUCUACCGCGACGCCCGCAGCCACGACAGCUACUCGCUCGCCGUCGUCACAAAGGCCGGCGUCGAGCUGAGCACCGAGGAGAGGCUGCAGGACCAGAGCUGGGCCUUUGCCGACCGGAUCAAGGGCUACGGAACACAGACCGUCUAAGCCCCCGUCUCGGGGCCCAGGAGGCAACGUGAUGGGAGCGACUACUGUCUUGUUGAACCUGGGAGGCUGGGCUGUGCUGGGCUGCCGGACUGAUAGAGGAGGUACAUGGAUCAUGGGACGAUAUAUCACGGCUAGCUCAGUCUCAAUGGAGACCGCCGCAGGGCAAGACUCUACCUCGCAAUGGUCGAUAGCGAUCAACUUCCUGUACUUCAAUCCUGUACUUCUAGCCAUGUGCCUAGGUAGGCAGGAAAGAGGAUUCCCACCUGUCUCAUUGACUAGAGAUGCGCAGCAGUUCCUCCUGGGUAAUGAAUGGGUUUCCACACAAUGUUCAGGGCCAACAACCCAACUAAGAACAGACACAAGACUCAUCGUGACAAUCGUACCA